GACACUCGGGGCGGACCGAAGAGGGGCUGGGCGCCCCCCGCGUGCACAUGUGCUAGCCCAGGCAGGAGGGAGUGCCUCAGCGGAGGAGUGCAGAAAGGGGGAAGGAGACGCGCGCCAGAAUCUCGGUCCCGGGCGCCCUGGUCGGCCGCGGAGGAGCUGCAGCCUCCAACAGGAAGCUGUACAUCUCUGGCAUGCGACCUGCUCUGCUCGUUGACUGAAGGCCCCUACAUCUCAGCUCAGCCAGGAAGCAAAGGUUGACACAUCUCUCUGAGCCAGGCCUUGCCAGGAGCCCUGCAUGCAAACUCAGCUACGGGCUAGGGCACGCUAACUGGAGCUGGCAUCAUGGACUUCGUCAUGAAGCAGGCCCUUGGAGGGGCCACCAAGGAUAUGGGGAAGAUGCUGGGGGGAGAGGAGGAGAAGGACCCAGAUGCGCAGAAGAAGGAGGAGGAGCGACAGGAGGCUCUGCGGCAGCAGGAGGAGGAGCGUAAGGCCAAGCAUGCGCGCAUGGAGGCUGAGCGCGAGAAGGUCCGGCAGCAGAUCCGAGACAAGUACGGGCUGAAGAAGAAGGAAGAGAAGGAGGCAGAGGAGAAGGCAGCCCUGGAGCAGCCCUGCGAAGGGAGCCUGACCCGGCCCAAGAAGGCCAUCCCUGCAGGCUGCGGAGACGAGGAGGAGGAAGAGGAGGAGAGCAUCCUGGACACGGUGCUCAAAUACCUCCCGGGGCCACUGCAGGACAUGUUCAAGAAGUAACCGGCCCUCCUGCCCUAUUCCCACUCCACUUGUUCCUUUUUUCUUUUCUUCUUUUUUUUUUUUUUUUUGGUUCUUUUCCUUUUAUUCCGUUAAGUCUCAGUUCUGAAGGGGAAAACCUCAGUUGACCUCUACCCCCCUUCCCUGGCCAGGGACUCCUCCCUCUCAGCACUCCCUCACACCCCCUUCAUCCCAGGGCAUCC